AUGUCGACUUCUUUACUCAACCUGCUGUUUGCCCAGACGAUAUAUGGGCAAAUAUUGCGUGAUAGAGAGGAGGAGAGGCUGGCUCAGGCAAAUGGCGACGCGAAAUCUCGGUCCUCAUCGUCGUCUCCCGCACCUCAAUCUGGUACUGCGACUGGAAAACCAAACCAGUUUGUGAAGUUGUCUCAGGAUUUACGGUCACAUCCACUGAAUACAAAUUUCAAUCUAACUCCACAAGCGUGUCAAGCUUUAUACAAUGCAUUACUUCCUUCUAAUCCGCCUAGACCGACGGUUGAGAUGUUGCAACCGUUGUUGGCGAAGCUGUAUGAAUCCUACAAACGAGAUAUGACUUUGUCGAUACAAAAGAGUGAACAAGAUUAUCAAACCAAGCUGAAAGAGAUGGAACUUAUAGCAAGUGGGAAAUGGGAUAAUGAACUACUUAAAGAAGCUGAACGAGAUAAAUCCCAGCAGCAACAGCAACAGCAACAGCAGCAGCAACAACAACAGUUGCGACUUCAAAAGCAACUAGAAAUUCAACAAAAGCAAGAGCAAGAGAGAAAAGCACAGCUACAAGCACAAGCACAGGCUGCCAAACCACUGGCUUCUACAGACAACAAGCAUGAUUCAGUUGCUGAAAGCGAUGCUGAAAGCGAGAGUGGUAGUGAAGAAGAAAGCGAUCAAGAACCUGAGGCGUCGACGCCCAAACCAUCUAAUAGCGUUUCUGAUGGAAAAUCAGUUGCAACUUCGACUGCUGUUGACAAUAAAAGCAAACAUCCUGAUGAGGAUGAAGAGGCUGGAGAAGAUGAAGAGGAGGAAGAAGAGGAGGAAGAAGAGGGUGAAGAGGAGAACGAAAAAGAGGGUGCUGAUGUAGAAGAAGGUGAAGAGGAAGAAUUAGAAGAAGAAGACACCACUCUUAAGAGUUCACUGAAGGGACCGUCAGACGAGGUUGAUGAGGGUACAGUUAAACAAGAGACUCAAGAAAAAGCCGAUAAACCAGAUGCAUCAGUCAAAACAGAAACGGGAGACAAUAACGAAGGAGAAGAGAAAGAAGACGAGGAUGAAGAUGUUGAAAUGGCGGAUCUUGAGGCAGAUGCCGACGCUGAUGCUGAAGAGUCAGAGGUUCCAGCCAAAGACAAUGUUAAAAAAGAGCAUGCUACAGAUAAAGAAGACACUCAAGAGGUUGAAGAUGAAGAAGAAGAAGUAGAAGAAGGAGAUGAAGAGGAGGAACCAGAAACUGUAGAACAGGAAGCUAAAUCUGCUCCUCCUCAAAAGCCGGUAGAGGAUGAUGAAGAAGCAGAAGAAGAGGCAGAAGAAGCCGAGGACGCAGACGAAGAAGAAGCAGAAGAAGCAGAAGACGAAACUGAAGUACCUGAUGAGACACGUCGUACCACACGGCAAUCCCGUCGUAAUAAACAAGAGCCUGCUACAACUACUACCUCCUCAUCGAAACGAAAACGAACGCCAUCGCCUUCACCUGCUCGACCUUCCAGACGAUUCCAGACAUUAGUAAACCCAUUAAUUUCAGAUAUCAUGUCGAACAAAUCAGCUUCAUUCUUCUCACACCCUGUGAACCCCAACGAUGCCCCUGCAUACUACGACCUAAUCUACUCUCCGACAGACCUUCGAACCAUCAAAUCCAUGGUCAAAGAAGGCAAAAUCCGUGACACAGCUGAACUCGAACGCGAACUCGAGAAAAUGUUUGCCAAUGCUGUCAUGUAUAACGGCUGGGACUCUGAUAUCUCCAUGUGGGCCCGAGAAAUGCAGCAUGAUACCGAGACCAUGCUCGCCCUUUUCCGCAGCGCCGAACGUCGAGGACGUGCUCGUAGCAACAGUGCCACCCCCAGCGGUGCCGACGACGAACCUUCCAACACCAACUCUGCCAAACGUCGCAAAAAAUAA